GUAAUUUAAGCUCCACCCAUGGCACAUGCACUCAAGAAAAAUAUAAAUGACAAGGUCCACUCAGCUCUCAGACAAGGUUUUCCAAGCAAGAUGAAGCCCAUCAUCUUCUUCGUACUUUCCUUGCUCCUCAUCCUGGAGAAGCAAGCAGCUGUGAUGGGACAAAAAGGUGGAUCAAAAGGCCAAUUACCAGGUGAAUCUCCCCAAUUUCCACACGGACAAAAUGGCCUGCAGUAUUCUGCACAAAAAGGCAAACAGCAUGCUGAAUCCAAAGGCAGUGUUUCUACUGAACACAUGUUUCAUGUAGAUGUCCACGAUCAUGACCAGACCCGAAGAAGUAAGCAAUAUGACUUGAAUGCCCAAAAUAAAAAGACAAAAUCAGAAAAACAUCCAGGUGGACAUCAAGAACUAUUCAAUCAUAAGCAAGAAGGCAGAGAGCAUGGGAAAUCAAAAGGUGAUUUUCACGUGGUAGUUAUACACCAUAAAGGAGGCCACGCUUCUCAUGGGACACAAAAUCCUUCUCAAGAUCGGGGAAGUAGCACAUCUGGAAAGGGAAAAUACAGUCAAGAUUCAAACACAAAAGAAAGCCUACUGGCUACUGGACAAGGUAAAGAACAAGAUUUCGUCUCUGGUGUACAAAGAAAUAGAAAACAAGGUGGAUCUCAACGCAGUGCUGUUCUCCACACUGAAGAUCAAGUACGUAACAAAAAAACUGAGACUCUAAAUUAUCUUCAAAAUAAAGGGAGUUACCCAAAUGUGUAUGAAAUGAAACAGAAACAUUCAAGUAAAGUGCAAACCUUACUCUAUUCUUCACAAAAAGACAGACUCCAACAUGGAUCCAAUGACGUUUUUUCUAUGAAUCAAAAGCAGACAAGAAAUACCAAUCAAGAUGAAGAGCAUGGCCAGACGGCACAUAAGAGGUCCUGCCAACGUUCAAGUACAGAAAUAAGACGACUUACUCAUGGAGAAACGGUCAUAGAGAAAGAUGCAUCCGAAGGCAGUACUUCUAAGAAAACUGAAAAUAAAAUACAUGACAAGCUUCAAAACCAGGUAACAAUUCUUAAUCAAGAUCAACGGUCUGGCCAAGAUGCAAAAGGAAAUUAUGGCCAAUCUGCAGAUAAAGAAAAAGACCUACUCAGUCGUGAACAAAAACGCAGACACCAACACGGAUCUCAUGGGGGAUUGGAUGUUGUAAUCAUAGACCACGAAGCUAAUAAUGAUCAUCAUUCGACACAACCUCCACCCAUGGUAAGCCCACUCAAGGAAGAUAUAAAUGAAGAGAACCACUCGGCUCUCAGACAAGGUUUUCCAAGCAAGAUGAAGCCCAUCAUCUUCUUCGUACUUUCCUUGCUCCUCAUCCUGGAGAAGCAAGCAGCUGUGAUGGGACAAAAAGGUGGAUCAAAAGGCCAAUUACCAGGUGAAUCUCCCCAAUUUCCACACGGACAAAAUGGCCUGCAGUAUUCUGCACUAAAAGGCAAACAGCAUGCUGAAUCCAAAGGCAGUGUUUCUACUGAACACAUGUUUCAUGUAGAUGUCCACGAUCAUGACCAGACCCGAAGAAGUAAGCAAUAUGACUUGAAUGCCCAAAAUAAAAAGACAAAAUCAGGUGGACAUCAAGAACUAUUCAAUCAUAAGCAAGAAGGCAGAGAGCAUGGGAAAUCAAAAGAUGAUUUUCACAUGGUAGUUAUACACCAUAAAGGAGGCCACGCUUCUCAUGGGACACAAAAUCCUUCUCAAGAUCGGGGAAGUAGCACAUCUGGAAAGGGAAAAUACAGUCAAGAUUCAAACACAAAAGAAAGCCUACUGGCUACUGGACAAGGUAAAGAACAAGAUUUCGUCUCUGGUGUACAAAGAAAUAGAAAACAAGGUGGAUCCCAAAGCAGUGCUGUUCUCCACACUGAAGAUCAAGUACGUAACAAAAAAACUGAGACUCUAAAUUAUCUUCAAAAUAAAGGGAGUUACCCAAAUGUGUAUGAAAUGAAACAGAAACAUUCAAGUAAAGUGCAAACCUCAUUCUAUUCUUCACAAAAAGACAGACUCCAACAUGGAUCCAAUGAUGUUUUUUCUAUGAAUCAAAAGCAGACAAGAAAUACCAAUCAAGAUGAAGAGCAUGGCCAGACGGCACAUAAGAGGUCCUGCCAACGUUCAAGUACAGAAAUAAGACGACUUACUCAUAGAGAAACGGUCAUAGAGAAAGAUGCAUCCAAAGACAGUACUUCUAAGAAAACUGAAAAUAAAAUACAUGACAAGCUUCAAAACCAGGUAACAAUUCUUAAUCAAGAUCAACGGUCUGGCCAAGAUGCAAAAGGAAAUUAUGGCCAAUCUGCAGAUAAAGAAAAAGGCCUACUCAGUCGUGAACAAAAACGCAGACACCAACACGGAUCUCAUGGGGGAUUGGAUGUUGUAAUCAUAGACCACGAAGCUAAUAAUGAUCAUCAUUCAACACAACGUCGUGGCAACAACCAAAGAUCAAUAUUGACAUAG